CAUCCCGGCUCUCUCGAGCGACUCGCGUUGAGAGGUAAAUACAAGCAGGAUCUCAAAAUGGCGGAGCCGCCGAGUCCCCUCCGAGGCGCGAUGGUGGCGCCGCCGCCCCAGCCGCCGGAGCCCUUCGUUUCCAACCUGGUGGCGGAAGUGCGGGCCUCUUCGCGCGGCUUCCAGCCGGCCGCCAAGCGCAUGAAGGGAGCCGAGGAGCGGGGCCUCAAGGGCCCGAGGCGCGUCAACGGCGAGGGCGGCGGUAGCCAUAGGCGGCCGCCGCCUCACAUCCCGGUGGCGCCGACCGCGGUCGCUCACGGCAACCCGGCCGUGUGGAGCUUCGCGGCGUUUUCCCCGGCGGCGGCCGCCGGUGGCACCAGCAGCAGCAGCGCAGGCGGCGGCGGCGGCUCCUCCUUGGUUUUCCCGCCUCAGCUGCCCCACAAGUUGCUCUUGCCGCCGCCCUCUUCGCACUCCCACCACUGCUUGGCCGCGGGCGUGGACGGAGGCGGCGGCAAGACCAAGCGGCCCAAAGAAAAAAGGGACAAGGAGAAGAAGAAACUGGCCGCGCUGCCCCUCUUGGGGGCGGCGGCGGCGGCGGCGGGCGGCGGCCUGAGCGCGGCCGGCCGGGAGGAGAACGGCGAGGUGAAGCUGCUGCUUCAGCACCACCACCAGACCCACCGCCAGGAAGAUCAAAUUGCCAGAGAUAAAAUUACAGAAAGGGACAAGGAAAAGCAGAAAGAAAAGAAGAAACACAGAUUAAUAUCUGAAAUCAAGAAAGAAAAUGGAGAGAUGAAAUUAUUUCAGAAAGGUGUGAAGGAGAAACCAAAAAGCAGUGCAGAAGAUCUACAGAUUAAAAAAGUGAAGAAGAAAAAGAAAAAGAAACACAAAGAGUGCGAGAAAAGGAAGCGUCCAAAAAUGUAUAGUAAAUCUAUUCAGACCAUCUGCUCAGGAUUGCUUUCUGAUGUUGAAGAUCAAGACUCCAAAGGCAUUGUUGAUAAUCAUCUUAAAGAUUUCAGUGGAAAAAAUAUGGAUCCCAAGAAGGACUCUGAUUACAAGAUACCAGAGAACAGUGAGUUUCCAUUUGUCUCGUUAAAGGAGCCACGGGUUCAGAAUACACUCAAAAGGUUGGACACGUUGGAGUUCAAACAGUUCAUUCAUGUUGAGCACCAGCCUAAUGGAGGUGCUUCAGUUAUCCAUGCCUACAGUAAUGAACUCUCCCACUUGUCUCCUGUGGAGAUGGAGAGAUUUGCAGAAGAGUUUGUGGGUCUGGUUUUUAGUGAAAAUGAAAACUGCGCAGCUUACUAUGUAAUGGGUAUUGUUCAUGGGGCAGCUACUUACUUACCUGACUUUUUAGACUACUUUUCGAUUAAUUUUCCCAAUUCACCAGUGAAAAUGGAGAUUUUGGGAAAGAAAGAUAUAGAGACGACAACUAUUUCAAAUUUUCACGCUCAGGUAAAAAGAACAUAUUCCCACGGUACAUAUAGAGCUGGCCCAAUGAGACAAAUCAGUUUGGUUGGAGCAGUGGACGAGGAAGUAGGAGACUACUUUCCAGAGUUCCUUGAUAAGCUGGAAAAUUCACCUUUCUUAAAAUGUACUUUGCCAUGGGGGACACUUUCUAGUCUGAAACUAGAGAGUCGUAAAGAUAGUGAUGAUGGUCCCAUCAUGUGGGUGCGUCCAGGAGAACAGAUGAUACCUGUGGCAGACAUGCCAAAGUCACCUUUCAAAAGGAAAAGAACUACCAAUGAAAUAAAAAACCUGCAGUACCUACCUCGUACUAGUGAGCCUCGUGAAAUGCUUUUUGAAGACAGGACACGAGCCCAUGCAGAUCACAUAGGACAAGGGUUUGAACGACAGACAACAGCUGCUGUUGGAGUAUUAAAGGCAGUGCAUUGUGGAGAGUGGGUGGAACAACCUCGAAUAACCAAAGACGUAAUUUGUUUUCAUGCGGAAGAUUUCUUAGAAGUAGUGCAACGAAUGCAGUUAGACUUGCAUGAACCUCCACUCUCACAGUGUGUCCAAUGGGUGGAUGAUGCAAAACUUAACCAAUUACGAAGGGAAGGCAUUAGGUAUGCCAGAAUUCAGUUGUAUGAUAAUGAUAUUUAUUUUAUUCCAAGGAAUGUUGUGCAUCAGUUUAAGACAGUUUCAGCUGUGUGCAGUUUGGCUUGGCACGUUCGGCUCAAGCUGUACCACUCAGAAGGAGACCAUAAAACCAUCCAUGAGAAAGGCCCACCAACAGAGCCCACAUCUUUGAUUACAGGACUUCAGACUGACAGUGUAAUCCAUGCAGAAAUCAAAAAUUCCUCUGAAGACACCAAAUUUUUAGGCAAUCUGCACACUAAAUAUGUAAAACAGGAAUUUUCACGCACACAGCCUGAUCCUGCUGCGUCUCACUGGAUUAAAGAGGAACCAAUUAAAGUUAACCUUCCUGAAAAGACAAUGGCCUCAAAUGCCAUGGAAUAUCAGAAUGUUAAUGCAAAGCUGGAUCAUGUUCAGUCUGAAACUGACUCAGAAUUUGAACCUGAUGACAAAGACUUGCAGGACAGCUUGUGCCUGGAGGAUCGUGUGAAUCUGGAGGACACAAGACAGAGCAGUCCAGCAUAUUCAAGUCUGCAUGGCAAGAGAGAAGAGGACUUUUUGUGUUGAAAUUGUUUGUAUAUACAUUUUUAAAUUCCUUUUAAAACCUAAUGACAUAAUAAUGUAAAGAUGCUUAAAUUCUGUGAGGUAAGUUUGUUACUUGCCCUCACAUCUGUUACAGAAAAUAGUUUAUGUAGCUUUGUAACAUUCCUCAGUGCCUGUCCAUAACUGUGAAAGUAUCAAAGCACUUAGGGCCAGAUGCACUGUAAACACUGCAGGUGUAACAUAAAGAAGUCUUUAAAUAUGAGUUGUAGGUUUUAGAGUAGAGCUGACAUUUAACAUAUAUUUUUUGUAUGAUGAGCCAGAAUUCUUUUUGACAAUUCCAGGCUUUUCCAUAGAGCUUAUUUAUACCAUUUUUUUUCUUUUUAAUGUGUCAGCACUGUAGUGUAAAUAGCUUUUUUUUAAAGAAAAUCUUUUUAGUGUGAUUUAUAUUGAAAUGUGAGCCGCUUAAUAAAGGUUCAUAAUAACAGUAAUGGUUUUAUUUUUGGGUCCCUAAAAAACAACAACCCAGGUUUUCUUUUUUGCUUAAUGCCCACUCUUGCACAAACAUGAACAUUCUUGCGUGAAAUAACAAAAUACUUAGAUACAAGCAUAAAGUUAAUCUUUGCACACAAGUAGUCAUACUGAUAAAUUUUCACA